AGGCGGGCGCUGCUGGCCAGAAGGUUCGGUUGCGAGUGUGCCAUGGACUCAGCUGCCCGGUGAUAUUGACAAUAGGAGAGAGAAAGGGGCAUUGACGGGGACCCACCGCGGGCACCGAACGGCGGCUCUGGCAGCGGCGGCUCCAGCCCCAGCGGCUCCUUCUUCUCCUUCCUUCUCCUCCUGCUGCCGCUGCGGCUCCAGUCUUCCUCCCUCCCUUCCCCCCUCCCCUCGUCGUCGCUGCAGCCGCCGGGUCCGGGGCAACGAGCAGAGGCGCCGCCCGCCGGGAAUGUGAGCGAGGAGCCACCGGCGGAGCCGCAGCGGGGUCGGUGCCGAUUUGAUGGGACGGGCCCGCGGGGGAGGAUCGUGAGGCCGCCGCCGCCGCCGGAGCGCUGAGGUUCAGGUCCGGCCGUGAGGCCUAGAGGCGCCGCUGCCGCGGAACCGGAGGGACGCCGCGCCGGACAGCCGUCGCCCCGGGCUCCCUGCCGCUGUCCGGACCUCCCCCCGCACGCCCCGGUCCCGCCACCCGCCCCCGCUGCGGCCCUCUCUCCCGUCUCCCGCCCCUCCGAAACCACAGAUCAUCUUCGGAUUCUUCUCCAGAAGCUUCAAGUAGGGAUAUGUCCUCAGCACCAACUACUCCUCCAUCAGUGGAUAAAGUAGACGGAUUUUCUCGGAAGUCCGUCAGAAAAGCCAGACAGAAGAGGUCGCAAAGUUCCUCACAGUUUAGGUCUCAAGGCAAGCCUAUUGAGUUAACACCUCUGCCGCUGCUAAAAGACGUUCCAUCCUCAGAGCAGCCUGAACUGUUCCUAAAGAAACUUCAGCAGUGCUGUGUCAUUUUUGACUUCAUGGACACGCUAUCUGAUCUUAAAAUGAAAGAAUACAAGCGCUCCACUCUUAAUGAACUGGUGGACUACAUUACAAUAAGCAGAGGCUGUUUGACAGAGCAGACUUACCCUGAAGUAGUUAGAAUGGUGUCUUGCAAUAUAUUCAGAACUCUCCCUCCUAGUGACAGCAAUGAAUUUGAUCCAGAAGAAGAUGAACCUACCCUUGAGGCGUCGUGGCCACACUUACAGCUUGUAUAUGAGUUUUUCAUACGAUUUUUGGAAAGCCAAGAAUUCCAACCCAGCAUUGCCAAAAAAUACAUAGAUCAGAAAUUUGUAUUACAGCUUUUGGAGCUGUUUGACAGCGAAGACCCACGGGAACGGGACUACUUGAAAACAGUCUUACACAGAAUUUAUGGCAAGUUUCUUGGUCUUAGAGCAUUUAUCCGAAAACAGAUUAACAAUAUUUUUCUAAGGUUUGUUUAUGAAACAGAACACUUCAAUGGUGUAGCUGAACUGCUGGAAAUAUUAGGAAGUAUUAUCAAUGGCUUUGCUUUACCUCUUAAGGCAGAACACAAACAGUUUCUGGUGAAAGUGUUGAUCCCUUUACACACUGUGAGGAGCUUAUCACUCUUCCACGCCCAGCUGGCAUAUUGCAUAGUACAGUUUCUGGAGAAAGAUCCUUCACUCACAGAACCAGUUAUUAGGGGAUUAAUGAAAUUUUGGCCCAAAACAUGUAGUCAAAAAGAGGUUAUGUUCCUUGGGGAGCUGGAAGAAAUAUUGGAUGUGAUUGAACCUUCACAGUUUGUUAAAAUCCAAGAACCUUUGUUUAAACAAAUUGCCAAGUGUGUCUCUAGCCCCCAUUUUCAGGUGGCAGAAAGGGCACUCUAUUAUUGGAAUAAUGAAUACAUCAUGAGUUUGAUAGAAGAAAACUCUAAUGUCAUCCUUCCCAUCAUGUUUUCCAGUCUUUAUAGGAUUUCAAAAGAACAUUGGAAUCCGGCUAUCGUGGCAUUAGUGUACAAUGUGUUGAAGGCAUUUAUGGAAAUGAACAGCACCAUGUUUGAUGAGCUGACAGCCACAUACAAGUCAGAUCGUCAGCGUGAGAAAAAGAAAGAAAAGGAGCGUGAAGAAUUGUGGAAAAAACUGGAGGAUCUGGAGUUAAAGAGAGAGAACAUUAAUGGGAAUUCAAUGUAAAGCUGGCAGAGGCUGCCAAAGAUGAAAACAACUUACGUUAAAAGUACUGGAGCAAAGGUGCAAGUUCAAAUGCUAAAGAUAAAAAUAAAUUUGUAACAAAUCAUCUCCUUUAGCCCUUGAAUUUUAGCCUGUUAGUUUUAACUCUACUUUACAUUUAAUUUUGAUAAUAUAAACUUUUGUUUGCCAUUAAUUCAUCUUUUUAGAUUGAGGACAUUACAAUCACAGGUUUAUGAAAUAUCUCUGCCCAUUAGAAUGAAAUGCAGUCAUUUGAAAUGAGAAAGACGAGGAUCCUUUUUUGCACCUUACCCUGUCCUCAGAGUUAAGGUGAGAGCUACACCGAUAUCCUUGAUGUCAGUUUCAUAUGUUGAUCAUUCCAAACUGAAAAGAAUAAAGCCAAAUUUUAGACACAUUUAAAGAAGUUAUUAUAGAUAUAUGUCUAAAAUUCAUAGGGCAACUUCUGAGAAGAAACACUGUCUUUUCUUUUUUAACUGAAAGUGACAAUGUGGCAUUUGUCAUGUUGUGUCCAGUGAUGCACAGUAACUGAGGUAAUCUGACUGUUGCACUAUGUGACAUAUUUAAGGACGUACUUGCUGCAUUUGCAGCAGCCCUCUCUUUGUCCUUUCCCACAUUUCUGCUGUUGCUGCAACUUGAGUUAAUUGUGACAAAUGCAUCUUUGUGUUAUAUUUUGUUUGCUUCCUAAUUUCCAGAACUAUAUAUAAAUAUAUUUUUUAAAUAGCAAAUAUUGUAGUUAGUGAGUGAUGAUCACUCCAACCUUAUCCCUACCAUAUUGGUUUCAGGGGUAGGAUUAAGAGUGUCUUUGGAAGAAAAAACAAAAAACAAAAACAGAACCCUGUGGUUUAGAAGGAUGCUGAGGCCUUAGGCUGUGGGCCUAGAACAACCAUGUGAGUGAAUUGACCCAUCUCAUACUUUGAAUCAAGCAUGCAUUCCUUUUCUCAUUGUGCAGGUGUCUCCAGUUGUUUUCCUUCAGUGUUUUCGUCCUUUUAAAUUUUAUUAUAUUUUGCUCUCCCUGACAUCUGUUUUUUAUAAAAUAAAAAAUAAAAAAAGUAAGACAUAGAUAAUACCCUCAAUGCCUCUGGAUACUCACAAGCAGGGUUAUGCUCCUUCAUCUUGGGCUCACUUGCCUAAGUGGAAGGGUUUAAUUUAUUUUGUACCUCCUUCUAUGCGUGGGACAGUCCAGGGUGCAGAGCUAGGAAUUGCUUAUAAUUGCACCUGCUAUACUUAAAUGUAUAGCCCUAGGCUCAAUCACACUAUGGAAAGAAAAAAAAAAGUAUAUUUAGAGCUUUAAAAGCUUUUUUAUUUUUUUGUGGGGAUUGGGGGGUGGGAAAGGGAAGAUGUAUGGAUGUUAUUGGCAUUUUUAAAUGUUCAGAGGUUUUUGUUUGUUUUGUUUUGUUUUGUUUUGUUUCUUCUGUUUUGUUUUUUCUUCCCUUUAAUUGGAUGCACUGACCUGGCCCAAGAAAUGAAGGGAUUCUCUCUUUUGAUGCUAUUACCAAUGUUACAACAAAGUGACAGUCAUCUAUAGCAAAAAGGUGGCACCAGACAUUAUCAGUGAUAUUUUAUUUGCACAUCAAUAUUUUUAUUUUUAUAUUCUGGCUCAGCUGCUUCUCUGAGUGGAGUUAAGGAAUGAGCCACAAAGGAUUUUUGUAGUAGCUAUAUUGGCAAUGCAUUUUAUAUUUCUCAGUAUUUAAUUUUGAAACUCUAAAAGGAUUGUGCAUCUUGAGAGAAAGUUGAGCAAAUUUUAAUCUAGUGUUAAUUUGUGCUGCUUCUUGUGCACGAUAGCAGCAGUAGUAUCUCUCUUGGAAAUAAACAUCCCAUAUUAUGAUGUCUAUGAAUAUAGGUUUCCUUUUCUACCCUCCCUCCCUCCCUCCUUCCUUCCCUCCUUCCUUCCCUCCCUCCUUCCUUCCUUCCUUUCUUUCCUUCCUUCCUUCCCUUCUCUUUCUUUACUUUUUUGGAAAUCACUUAUUGUAUAUAAGUUGUAAUCCAGACCUCAUGUAUCAAUGGGGAACUUUCAAAUAUAAAUAUUACCAAUACAUUUUCUGGUUGUUGUCUGAUUUUUGAUUGAGGUAUAAUGAGAAUGACAUGUCCAUUGCUUUUGGUUUGAGGAUUUCGCUUUAGCUUCAUAAAUCUUUUGGUAUUUUAGUAUUUCAUUGUUUUAGCAGGAGAGGGCAGCAAAAGUUCAUUUUCCCUGUUAGAAAUGCUGUGGUUCAUGAUUGGUUUUAAAUUUAGUUGUGUGUGUGUUUUUUUAAACAGCAUCUGUUUGUGGGUAGAGGUAAAAAUGAAACAUUUUUGAUAUGAAAAGUUGCAUAUGAAAAUUAUAGACUGGUUCAACCAGACAGUGAAGACUUCUGAUCCACAUUAAAGUUAAAAUGCCACAAAGCAAUCUUCCAACGCUGGCUAAAAUAUGCUACUUCCUUUUCAAACACAACAAAAUGCAAGCUGAGUCUUAAAACAUUUGGAUUUUUUAAAUGUCUUUCUUUGAAAAUGAUUUGCUUUCUUCAAAGUGGUAACAGAAACAAAAAUGAAGGUGCUCCCAAAGGGAAAUGUAACCUUCCCCUUUCACAGGUGUGUGAGAGGUUCUGUACUGUGGGUGCAUCCUAAUAAAGAAGCAGUG